CUAGCACCUAGGGCUAUUCCCGGGUCGAGCCUGCGCCGGGGAGUCUUCUGUCGCCUCCUCGGGCGGCACUCACCCGGCCCAGAUGGUGGGUCCGGAGGAUGCCGGAGCCUGCACGGGAAGAAACCCCAACUUGCUCCCUGUGCCAGCGCCUGAGUCGGCGGGCCAGGACGGGAAGAUGAUACGGGCCACGGGCAGCUUUGGCGGAGGCGUCGGCGCUGUGGAGCCGCCGGAGGAGGAGGGGGAAGAGGAGGAGGAGACGCCGCCUCAGCAGCUCCUUCAGCGUUACCUCGCGGCGGCCGGGAGGCAAGUGGAGCCUGGGCUGUGCUACCGUCCGCUCGCCGCCGGCCAGUCCAGCACUCCGCCCUCGGCAGCCCCGCGCUCGGACACCUGCCCGCCGGACCCGGGUUCCAAGCACCGAGGCGCGGAGGCGGCGGAUGCCGGCACGCCGCGAUACGGAGGCAUGACCAACGGGGACUCGGGAUUUCUGCCGGGCCAGGACUGUCGCAACCUGGAGGAGGCUCACGGGCUGGCUCGCGCUAGCGGCCGGGACCCACGCCACCGCCACCGCCGCCUCCGCCCGGAGGGGCCUGGCGACGAGGGCGCGGACGGCGCGGGCAGCCGGUCCGACUGGGCCGCACCGCUCGAGGACCCGCUGCGGAGCUGCUGCCUGGCGGCGGCGGACACAGAAGAGCCCGAGGGCGCGGGCAGCGGCGUGGGGGGCAGCACAGCCAGCGGUGGCAGCAGCAGCAAGGACUUGGAGCAGCUGGGAGCCGGUGCCGGGGGUCCCCAGGAAGGCACAUCCCCCGACACCUUGGCCGAGAGGACUAGCGGGGGCGCAGGCGCCGAGUCGCGCCUCGGCUUCUCCGACGUUCACUUGAACUCUCGGAACACGUUCGAGGUGAGCCGUCGCCAGAGCGCCGGCGACCACCUGCCCCCGGCAGGGCCGCCGGUGCCCUCGUCCGCCGCGGAGCAGGGCCCCGCGGGGACCUCGGCCCGGGCUCGACGAAGCGGUGGCUUCGCCGACUUCUUCGCCAGAAACCUUUUUCCAAAAAGGACAAAGGAACUCAAAUCAGUUGUCCAUAGUGCUCCUGGUUGGAAAUUAUUUGGUAAAGUUCCUCCCAGAGAGAAUCUUCAGAAAACUUCCAAAAUUAUUCAGCAGGAAUAUGAAGCCCGAACAGGGAGGACCUGUAAGCCACCACCUCAGUCUUCAAGACGUAAGAAUUUUGAAUUUGAGCCUCUUUCUACCACUGCCCUAAUUCUUGAGGAUCGACCAUCAAAUCUUCCUGCCAAAUCUGUGGAAGAAGCUCUACGUCACCGACAAGAAUAUGAUGAGAUGGUGGCUGAGGCUAAAAAACGAGAAAUUAAAGAAGCACACAAAAGGAAAAAAAUAAUGAAAGAAAGAUUUAAACAAGAAGAAAAUAUUGCAAAUGCAAUGGUAAUUUGGAUCAAUGAAAUACUGCCCAAUUGGGAAGUAAUGCGUAGUACGAGAAGAGUUCGAGAAUUGUGGUGGCAGGGAUUGCCCCCUAGUGUUCGUGGGAAAGUUUGGAGUCUAGCUGUAGGAAAUGAACUAAAUAUCACUCCUGAACUUUAUGAAAUCUUCCUAUCAAGAGCAAAAGAACGGUGGAAAAGCUUCAGUGAAACAAGUUCAGAGAAUGAUACAGAAGGUGUAUCUGUUGCUGAUCGGGAGGCCAGUCUGGAAUUAAUUAAGUUGGACAUAUCCCGUACAUUUCCAUCUCUCUACAUCUUUCAGAAGGGUGGCCCAUAUCAUGAUGUCUUACAUAGUAUCUUAGGGGCAUAUACAUGUUACAGACCUGAUGUUGGUUAUGUCCAAGGGAUGUCCUUCAUAGCAGCAGUUCUCAUUCUCAAUUUGGAAGAGGCAGAUGCCUUCAUUGCAUUUGCAAAUCUCCUGAAUAAGCCAUGCCAGUUGGCCUUCUUUCGUGUGGAUCACAGCAUGAUGUUGAAAUAUUUUGCAACAUUUGAAGUAUUUUUUGAAGAAAAUCUCUCCAAACUAUUUCUUCAUUUCAAAUCUUAUAGUCUUACGCCAGACAUAUACUUGAUAGACUGGAUCUUCACCCUAUAUAGCAAAUCACUACCACUUGAUCUGGCAUGUCGAGUCUGGGAUGUAUUUUGCAGAGAUGGGGAGGAAUUUUUAUUUAGGACUGGAUUAGGGAUCCUCCGGUUAUAUGAAGAUAUUCUCCUACAGAUGGAUUUUAUUCAUAUAGCACAGUUUCUAACUAAAUUACCAGAAGAUAUUACAUCAGAAAAGCUGUUUAGCUGCAUUGCAGCAAUUCAAAUGCAGAAUAGCACCAAAAAAUGGACUCAGGUCUUUGCAUCUGUAAUGAAGGAUAUCAAAGAAGGAGACAAGAAUAAUAGUCCUGCUCUGAAAAGCUGAUCUUCAAAAUUAACAGACUAAUUGGAAUACAAAUAUUUUUUUUUUAUAAAAGCUUUUUGUUUCCUAUGUAAAAAGCUUGGAGAAAUCUAAAAGAAUCAAGAUAUGGAAAACUGCUGAUUUCGAAUUCCAUGGCUGAAGUAAAUGAAAUAAGUAACCUAUUGACAGUAUUAAUAAAAAAGUAUUUUGUAGGGAGAGUCAUUUUACAAAAGAAAAGUUUAAAUGGCUAGUUCGUAUACCAUGAUUUGGAGUGAACAGUAAUGCAAUAAAAUUUUUUUACAGCUUUGGAAAUA